CAAACAAAAUUGGUCGUUUGCAGCUCGGUCAAUCGGUCGAUUGUGAGGUUCCGAAUGUAUUUGUUCUCACACAAUUAAUUUGCAAGAAAGAACUACUGUACUACUUUUAAAAACAACAAACAAGACCAUGUGUUUGCAACCAGAAGACCACGGGGAAAUCGUGCCUCUGACCGCCGAGCUACCCAUGACAAUCAAGGACACGGAGGAGGGUUCACCACAGAAAUCUCCUUCUGCGUCUGCUGGGCUCUGUACCACGAGGUACCUUUUGUUGGUGUUUCUCAAUGUCUGUAUUGCUGUAGUCGUGCUGUACGUCAAUCUGGUGCGAACUGGUCCUUGUGGGGGUGUGGAAAAAGUCAAGGACUUUGAUGAGGCAGGAAUGGAAGAGCCUACUGCUGGAACAGCAGUCGACAACUUGAGCUCAUCCACAUUCAGCGAGGAAGAUGCCGCGAUCGAAGCCACCACCACAACAACACCUCCACAAGUCAACUACGUCGACUACAUUUUGGGGAAUAAGAUGACCAAUGUUUGCUUGGUACAAGGCAGUGGACUUUGCUCUCAAAUCAUGAACAUUAUGGGCCAAAAGAUCCUCUUUGGGGAUAAGGGUCGGGGUUUCAUUGUGGACGAUACUCACUACAACUACCGAUGGAAGGAUGGCAAAACCGGUGUCCUCCAUGGAUUCUUUACUCCCCAAUUCCCUGUUUUGAGAGAAGGAGAAUGGGAUUCCAUCAUCCGACCACGCUUCCACACACCGCCCAUGGGACAAGUGGUGGGAGCUGUUGGCAUGACCGGUGACUACCGAGACAGGGAGCAGCAAAUGGAAGUGCAAUGGUGCCCCGGAGAAGGCUACCGUGGGUUCUUCCCGCCCAUCUAUGGAACUGAAGGAGAGGAGGUGUACAAUCGGUUUGCCAAGGAAACUUGUGACAACUUUCAAUUCAACGACCAGGCCAAGCAGGAAAUCAAGGCCGUCAUGGAUGAAAACAACAUUCCAGACAUUCGUCACACCAAAUCGGUUGCCUUUCAUGUUCGACGGGGUGACAAGCUCAUUGGAGAAUCGGCUGCCUAUCCUGGUUCGGACUAUGUAGACAAGCUAUUGGAGGUGGCCAAGAGAGACAAAACCCGAAUUGAUGAUUGCUUCAUCACGUCCGAUGAUUAUGCCGCCAUUGAUGAAAUCAAACAAAGCUUGAAAGAAAAGAAGGUCCGCUGCAAGAUCCAUACGGUGACCAAGGACACGGAACACGGGAGCGACUUUCGACGAGAGAGGAAUGGUCCGGCAGACUAUGAAUCCACCAUUGAGUUCUUGACCGAAGUGUCAUUGAUGUCGGAUGCCACCUACUUCAUUGGGACCUUCAACAGUAAUGUGGGCUCUGUGGCAUCUCUCAUGCGCAAGUGCCAUUACCCAGAUGCACCUCAUUAUUCCAACUCCUAUGGAGUGGACCGAGAUGUCUGGUACUACCGACUGCAUUAGAAACCUCCUGAACAAGCAAGCCACAUCCUGGCAGCAGCAACUAGGCAGCAACUAGAAACCGAUGGUGCUUUCCGAAGCUCCAGAAACUGUUGACAGCCGUCUUACCCAACCAGAGCUGGAACAGUUCCGCGAAACAGCUCCGUCUUCGCAAGGAGCACCGCCGCAAGUCAAGGAGGAUACACGCGAACAAUCGCGAAAUGGCCUGGGUCGCAAACUAUGAUGCGUCCUGCUGAAGCCACCUCCUGAUCAUGAUCUACAGCUACCUCGACUCCGGGCUGGCCAGCUGAUUGUGACAGCCUCCUCUACUAGCGAGCAAGAAACUAGAAAACUAAGCUGAAAUAGAAAUAUACCAGAACUUGU